AUGCCUUUCUCCACCAGGAAAUUGUCAGACAAGGAGAAAACAGAUCUCACCUGCCAGCUUCUGUGGUUUGACUGGCAAUUACAUCUUCCUCUAGGAAAUACAUACGACAGAUCCAUUAUAGUCGAUGGAGAAGAAGCUUCUCUCGUGGUGUUUGACAUCUGGGAGCAGGAUGACAGUCAGUGGCUUCAGAAUCACUGUAUGAAAAUGGGGGACGCCUAUAUUAUUGUGUAUUCUGUGACAGACAAAGUUAGUUUUGAGAAGGCCUCCGAAUUGAGAAUUCAGCUAAGAAGAGCAAGACAAACAGAAGACAUUCCUAUCAUUCUCGUGGGGAAUAAAAGUGACCUGGUCCGAUCCAGGGAAGUCUCAGUAGACGAGGGCCGGGCCUGUGCUGUGGUAUUUGAUUGCAAAUUCAUCGAGACAUCGGCUGCUCUUCAUCAUAAUGUGAAGGACCUGUUUGAAGGCAUAGUUCGACAAAUCAGACUUCGCAAAGACAGUAAAGAGGACAACGCCAGGAGAAUGGCCAACACUAAGAGAAGAGAAAGCAUAGGCAAAAAGGCAAAGCGGUUCCUUGGGAAAAUUGUGGCAAAGAACAAUAAGAAGAUGGCUUUCAAAGCAAAGUCAAAGUCUUGCCAUGACUUAUCUGUGCUUUAGAAGCUUUCAGCAAGGCCAGAUGCUGCUCAUGGGUUGUGAACAAGCAUUUGACUGUUAUGAAAACUAUAUGGACAGUCUACAUGGUGAUUAAAACAAAAAGACUAUUUGAGAGUCUCCUUAAUGCCUUAAGGUUCAUAAGCAAGACCUGGAAGUUACAUUACAAUGUUUGCUUCAGUGAUAAAUGGUUUAAGCUUCGUGUGUGCAAGUAAAUGAACUGAUUUUACAAAAGUGGCUUCCUAUGCCCGCCUCUUCACUGUGUAUAUUUGUUAUGUCGUCUUGUCCUACGGAUACCAGAGAUGCAAAGAUUAGAAAGGAUGAUGAUAGAAAAUGAAAUAUCACCAUAAACUUGUCUCCUUUGCAGAGCAAAACUUGAAAACCUUUUGUACGCAGGCUCGUACACUCUUUUUAGUAUAAAUAAACAAUGAGAAAUCUUUUUAAAAUUAAAUGUGGGGGACAGUAGAACCACAUUAGAAUGGGAGAAAGCAAAAUAUAUAUAUAGUUAAAUACAGAAUAAAUAUCAUUCUAUGAAGUUAAUUUGCACUUCCAUUAACUGUUCAAUUACUUUGUUACUUGUUUACAUGCAGAUUUUAUAAUAAUAAAGUAUUAUUUCCUGUUAUAAUAGGGUUUGGGUUUUUGUUUCCUGUUUCCUGCACAGCAGGCACAAAAGGACAGGCAGCAGUGGUUUUUACACUGGCUUUUUUGUAGCACAAAAGUGUUCAAAAAAGUGUAGAGACUAUAACAUAGAUUCUUACUGCCAGCUGGUGUAGAUAGCUUGACCCUGCUUGCCUAGUCCACUGGGACUACUCAUGUAAAUAAGGAAAGCAGGAUUUGCUCCUUAAUUAAUCUUCCACAUAGCCCCUAGUCCUUCACUGACCUGAAUCAAAACUGCUCUGGCCUUCAACAGAAGUAGUCCCUCCCUGCAGCCCAAGGGAUUUAAUCAGAUAUAAAUAAGUCUUGUGCAUAGUUGUUAUUAAAGUCCAUAGUAGGAUACCUGUAGCUUCCAGGAAAAAAAUGUGCUUGCUAGUAGUUUCUGUGAGGGCAAUACCAACUUUGCAUGGCUGAUUUUGGUGGUUGGAAACUGUCCUUGUGCAGGAAAAGCAGAUCAAUUUGACACCUGGGCAGCUCUCUAACAAGCCUCAGUCUGGAAGUGCUUUGCCCGUGAGCAACACAAGGCUUGUUUAUGAUGCUAGCCUAUUAUAUUGUUUCUAACUACAGCUUUGUUUCAUUAUAAUCAUGUAUCUCUCUGACUCCUCCUUAUUGCCUAUUGAUAAGGUUAAAGACUUGUUUGAAAAGUGUGUCAAGGAAGGUCACUCACUAGAGGCUAAGAGCAUUCACAGUUUCUGCCUUAGUUGUAAUUUUCCCUGCAUUUGCAUUGCUCUUAUAACUAGACUCUGAACUAAUUCACCUCUUCUGUGCCUCCUUCUCUUCCCACCAGUUCCAUCCCCUGGCUGGGGUAAAAAUGAUCAAAAGGAAACCUUGAAGACUGCACCUACAAAUUUUCACUUCUGUAUUUUUUAUAGGGUGGGUGCUUGUUUUCUGUCCUCCUGCAUAACAAGAAAAAAAACUGCUCCUUGAUGAAUUCUCACCUUAUGCUUGCUCCUGGGCUUACUUGAGUUAGGUCAGUAGUUCACCGAUAGCAAAGGAAUAACUGGUACUUCAGAAAAAGAAAUCAGUGUGCCCAUAGGUGGCAUUCUUUUCUCUUAAAUCUGUAGUGAAUUUAAGCCCCAGCAUAGUGCUUGCAGGCCAAAGACACUGGCUUUUUAGUUGGAUAUAAACAAGUCCUUGAGCACCUGUGAUUAGUAAAAGGUCCACGGCAAUUUUAUUUAUUUUUUAAGUGUUUAACAUUGAUGUCCUGGCCCAAGUCCAGCUUCGGACUUCUAUUCCAUUUCUCUGAACCCCAUCCAGGCAUCCUGAAAGUCCAGCUGGAUGCAGUUCUUGCCCUAAACACAUCUCACUCUAGCAUCUGACCCUGUAACAAUCCCCGCAUCCAUUAACUAUUAAUACCACUGCAGCUGCACCACCACUGAAAAAAAGGUACAAGGUCCUUAUUCAUGUGCAUGAGUCUUAGCAUGUUCCCAAUGAAGCCAAUGGCAAAACUAUGAUAUCUUCUGUGUGGGCUUGUGAAGUUUUUGCUCUGUUAUGCUUUCAGAAUGACCUGUGGAGGAUGAAGUCCUGUUGACUGUAUCUUUUUCUUCCUUGUCUGUAAAACACACCCGAUCUAGCUGUUUCACUCAAUCUAGGUCCUGAAUUCCAUUUUUAAUAAGAAAUGUGCUGUAAGCUCACUAGUUAAAGUUUGUUUUUUUCACAGAGCAAUGUGUUAGGAUGAUGUUUCACUUUUGAUGCUGCAACAUGAAUGUGGCUGCAAAAUCUCAAGGUCACAGGCAAUAGCUGUGCUCAUGAAUACUCUGCAUGGUAAAUCAAACUGCUUUCUCUCCUCAUGAAUUUAAAAGACUAGUGUUUUGGACUACUUUUAAAUUUGAGCUAGUCAUGAUGAUACUUUACUAGAUAUUAUUUUAGACAAUAUAAACAUAUUUAAUUUCGUAUAGUGAACGUUUGUCAUAUGAAAGAAUAAACCACAGGUCGGUUCCCGGGCUACUCUGUAAAACUUUACCUUUGCAAAAUAUGAACAAUAAAAUCAAACUCUUAUUUUACUA